AUGGAUGAUGUUGAGUCCAUUAUCCACCAGGUUCUCAACAAAUCGGGUACUCCUCCUUCUACUGCUCUUUUAGUAACCUCAGGUAACUCUUUAUGGUAUUUUGAUUCCGCAUGCUGUAAUCAUAUGACUUCUGACUCUACUAUGUUUUCUUCUAUAUCAUUAUCCUCUUCUGUCCCCACCACACACACUGCUAAUGGUUCUCAUCUGACUGUUCGUCACAUUGGUCAAAUUUCUACUUCCAUUAUGUCUCUUUCUAAUACUUAUCACAUUCAUGCUCUUCAAUUGAACCUUAUCUCUGUUGAGAUGUCGGGAGUGGUGUCGGUGUUUAGGAAUAACAGGUAUCAUGUUAUUACAAUUACUGAGUACUUAAGGUUGGGUAUUGGGACGAGUGCUCUAUUUUUUGCUCAUCAUUCUAUUCUUUUGAAGCUUAUUCUUUUUUAUGCCAAUGUUCCUGGUGAAGGGGAGCAUAAAAUUAUGUCGAAUAUUUGUCUUCAAAGAAACCUUCCUGGUUAUGAACCCAACACACGCCAUUGCUUGUAUGGUUUGGAUGCUGAUUUAAUCAUGUUGGCUUUGGCUACCCAUGAAGUCCAUUUUGCAAUACUCAGGGAGUUGGGAAAAUGGUCGUAUUUACCCUGGACAACAAGAUUAGGUCAUUUAGCAGCAGACUGCGAAGGUAAGGCAAAGAGAAAGGCUGGGGAUUUUGAUGAGAAAGGUGACGCUGAUGUCGUGCCCAAAAAGCCUUAUCAGUUUCUCAACAUUUGGACUCGUAGAGAGUAUUUAGAAUAUGAAAUGAGGAUUCCUAAUCUGCCUUUUAAGUUUGAUUUUGAGUGCAUUGUUGAUGACUUCAUCUUCAUGUGUUUCUUUGUGGGCAAUGAUUUUUUACCCCACAUGCCCCCACUGGAGAUAUCUUUAGUUAUGCCUGAAAUAUGUAUGGUUAUGGCAUAUUUGAGUAUUAAUUAUGAUUUAGUUAUUACAUAUUGUGAUAAAAUGAGUAAUUUAUUGGUCUAA